AUGACCUCCAACCCAGAUACGCUCGCCGUCCUCAACAGCGCGACCCUCGGCGCCGCGAUGCCUGUAGUCACGCUGCCUGACGGCUCCAAGAUACAAACCGGCACCGUCGGCGCUCUACUAGUCAACAUCCGAGAGUACGAUCAACUCAUAUCCGGCUCGAGCGCUGACGAAGGCAAGAAGAAAGAGUUGGAGGAGAAGAUGGCGGCGAGUAUGCCGGUGCUGAAGAAGGCGGGUUUGUUUGGUCUGUUUAGGCCUGAUGAGUGGAUUAACGGAGGAAGUCCUGGGAGGAAGUUUGUGGGGGACCUUGCAAUGAGGGAAGGCUUGUAG